AUGUUUGUCAAUCUGGAAUCUGCAGAAUCUGAUUCUUCCUUUGUCCUUGAAAUGAGUCAGACAAGUUCUGUACAUGAAUCCUGUUUAAACUCAGGCGACGUGGAAUUUCAUAGUCCAACAUUAAAAAAUGUAAUGGAAAUAGACAGUGAAGGGAGUCAAGAAAAUGAAUAUUUCUCACAAGAACAAAUAGAUUCUCUUCCAGAUACUAUAGAUGACGAGGUUAUUGGCAUCAUCACUAUGGAAGAUGUCAUGGAAGAACUGUUACAGGGAGACAUACUGGAUGAAACUGAUGAAUAUGUUCACGUUCAAAAGAACUAUGAAUCUCAUGACCAACCAUUUACUUUAUGGAUAAGAUAUACAUCAAUAAAAUAUCUACACUCCAAGCAUGAUGAACUGCCAAACACAACAAAAGAAGCCAUGAAAACUCUGAUUUGUGCACCAAACUCAUCUCUCAUUCUCUCAAAACUUUCUCCAUGCAAACCAAACUUUCCAGCUUCUUACCCCACACAAAAGCUCAACUACCCCUUCAGCACAUUAAAGCCUUGUGCUAGUGCCAAAGGCUUUUCUUCCACUCCUCCACCUGUUGGAAGUGAUGUCAAUGAGAGGCCUAUGAGAAGGAAAAACAACGAUGAUGAGCUUCCCAGGAAAGUUAUAUAUAGGAUAAUACGUAGGAUCUUGUUCUCUGUGGGGGUGCCAAUGGGGUUGGGGUUGGUCUUCUUGAACAUUUUUGGGGUGCUUAGGGAAAACCAAGUGUAUGAUGCACCAAAGUGGUUAGGCUUUAUGUCUACAUUCUUGACUUUUGGAGCUUCCUCUGUUGGGAUUGCAUAUGGGGCACUGUCUGCAAGUUUGGAUGCAGAAAAGGAAGGUUCUUUUCUUGGGGUGGAACAGAUUCAGAAAAAUUGGGUAGAUAUCUGGCAGGAAGAAGAUGGUGAAAACUAG